CCGUCGGCUUAUGCACCGUGCGGAGGAGCUGUGUGUGCGUGCGUGCGCGUGUGAGCGCGCCCGGUGAGCGACUGCCGCUGAAGAGACAACACCGCUGUCUGCUGUCAGCCUGACCUGUGACUGCCAAUGGAGUACAUGAACAACGCCUCGAACAGCUACGGUUCCGGAGACACCGUUAGCGCCUCCUUAGCGAACAUGACCAUCAAUGACCAGCAUCACCAGGAGAACGGAGUCAAAAUGAAAGCUCAAGCAAAGACAAGUAAUGGAGAUAAGACCCAAACUGUCACCACACCAACCUCUCCCCUUAAAAGACCCUCUGUUGUCACCAAGAGCAACACAACACACGGCUCCUCUCGAAACGGCCACAGCUCCAUCCCCAUUAAAGCCAGCAGCAGCCCGGGGCCCAGGCAGCCAGGAGGUGCUGGUGCUGCUAAGCCUCAAGUCCAGGGAACCAAACCCACUGCAAGAAGUGCAGCUCAGCCAGCUAGUGCCAAGAAACCCCCUACUACUCCAAAAAAUGAUAAAGAUGCCAGGAGCGGGCACAGCAGCCCCGGCACGCCCAAGUCCCCCGCCAGCCAGGCAGUUUCGGCGGCCGAGGCCAACAAAGUGAAAAAGGUGGCCGUCGUCCGUUCCAAUCCCAAAUCUCCGGGAUCACUGAAGAGCCGCUCGCCUGCUCCUCUGGCCGCUGCGGCGCCGCUGCCUGACCUGAAGAACGUCAGGUCAAAGAUCGGCUCCACAGAGAACAUCAAACACCAGCCUGGAGGUGGAAAGGUGCAAAUUCUGGAACAGAAGUUGGACUUUAGUAAUGUGCAGUCUAAGUGUGGCUCCAAAGACAAUGUCAAACACAAGCCAGGUGGAGGAAAUGUCCAAAUCCUUGAUAAGAAGCUGGACUUGUCCAAUGUCCAAGCCCGCUGUGGUUCUAAAGACAACUUAAAGCACAGGCCCGGUGGAGGAAAGGUACAAAUUCUUGAGAAGAAGUUGGACUUAAGCAGUGUGCAGUCCCGCUGUGGCUCCAAAGAUAAUAUAAAACAUGUACCCGGUGGUGGCAAUGUUCAAAUUGUGCACAAAAAGAUUGAUUUGAGCAACGUUACAUCUAAGUGUGGAUCGAAAGACAACCUUCACCACAAGCCAGGUGGUGGAAAUGUGGAGAUCAAAACCGAGAAGCUAGAGUUUAAAGUUCAAUCCAAAGUGGGCUCUCUGGACAACAUCGGUCACGUCCCCGGUGGUGGACAACGGAAGAUUGAGAGCCACAAGCUGAGCUUCCGCGAGACGGCCAAGGCUCGCACCGACCACGGUGCUGAGAUCAUCUCUCUGGAAGACUCGCCCAAGCAGCUCAGCACUGUGUCCUCCUCCGGCAGCCUCAACAUGACCGACUCCCCGCAGCUUUCCACGCUGGCCGACCAAGUGUCCGCCUCCCUGGCCAAACAAGGCUUGUGAACGCGCCCCGCACGUCCUGCACCACACACCACCACGUAGAGGAGUUGUGAUGCCUUCCUCGUUACUUUCACUGGACUUUUUUUUAAGCUACCCAUCACUGUUUAUCCUCCACUAACCUUUUAAAUUUUACCGAGGAGUUACUUUUAGAGAAAAAAAAAAAAAAAAGAAGAAUAACAGGUAGGCCAAAAAUGUAUUGAUUUCUCUUGUGGUCUCCUUGCGACUAUUUAAACCUUUUGUAGUAAACAUUUAGGAUGUAAAGAACCCAGCAGAGCAAAAUUUCCCCCUGUGGAUCUGAGUGAAUUCUUUCACCUUAACGCAUCCUGAUAAACAGAAACAUCUCGAUUUCCUUCUACAGACUGUCGAACCUUACCGAUUUACCUUUGACGGGUGUUCGCUAACGGGGUUUUAAAAAGAUAUACAGAAACACGAGCCUCGAGAGUGGAGGGAGAAGCCGACCUGUUUGCUCCAGUUUGGUGUAAAGGAACAGUGACGGGGGGUUCUGAUGAAGGUUUGUGAGGAAAAAAAA